AUGGCCCCUGCCCGGACGUCUCGCGGAAAAGCUCCGAAAACUCAUCAUGACUCUGGUAGGACCCUCAAGCGAAAGCGUGGCGAGGACACACUCUCCUCGCUCAUUCAACGCGUCGAAGAUCUCGACUUGAAGGCGACCGUCAAGAACUUCUCCGAUCUCCCACUCUCCGAGCCCACCCAAAAGGGCCUCGCGGCCUCGCACUUCAAGACCCUGACGGAUAUUCAGCAGCGCGCUAUUGUUCAUUCGCUCAAGGGCCGCGACAUCUUGGGUGCUGCGAAAACUGGAUCGGGAAAAACCUUGGCCUUCAUCAUUCCCGUGCUCGAAAAUCUAUACCGUCGGCAGACAACCGAACUCGAUGGCUUGGGAGCACUCAUCCUCUCCCCGACACGCGAAUUGGCGAUCCAGAUUUUCGAGGUGUUGCGCAAAGUUGGUCGUUACCAUGCCUUCUCCGCCGGUCUGGUUAUCGGUGGAAAGAGUCUGCGGGAGGAACAAGAUCGACUGGGUCGCAUGAACAUUCUGGUCUGCACUCCGGGUCGCAUGUUGCAGCAUCUGGAUCAGACUGCCAUGUUCGAGACACACAACCUGCAGAUGCUUGUUUUCGAUGAAGCCGACAGAAUUCUCGAUAUGGGAUUCCAGAAGACUGUGGAUGCGAUUGUCGAUCACCUUCCCAAGGAGCGCCAGACCAUGUUGUUCAGUGCUACGCAGACGAAAAAGGUCUCUGACCUGGCGCGUCUCAGUCUGAAGGAACCCGAAUACAUCGCUGUUCACGAAUCAGCCGCCUCGGCCACCCCGUCGACUCUCAAACAACACUACGUCGUCACCCCGCUCGCCUCCAAGCUCGAUACACUGUGGAGCUUCAUCCGCAGCAAUCUCAAGUCCAAGACUGUUGUUUUCAUGGCCUCAGGAAAGCAGGUCCGGUUUGUCUACGAGUCAUUCCGACACCUGCAGCCCGGUAUUCCCCUGAUGCAUCUUCACGGCCGACAGAAGCAAGGAGGCCGACUUGAUAUUACAACGAAGUUCUCCCAGUCUCAGCAUUCAGUGCUCUUCGCUACCGAUGUUGCGGCUCGUGGUUUGGAUUUCCCUGCCGUGGACUGGGUCAUUCAAAUGGACUGUCCCGAAGAUGCCGAUACCUACAUUCACCGCGUAGGACGCACUGCUCGUUACGAGCGUGUCGGCAGAGCGGUGCUGUUCCUUGACCCCAGUGAGGAGAAGGGCAUGUUGAGCCGACUUGAACAGAAGAAGGUGCCGAUCGAAAAGAUUAAUAUCAAGGCGAGCAAGCAGAGCAGCAUCAAGAAUCAGCUGCAAAAUAUGUGUUUCAAGGAUCCAGAGCUGAAGUAUCUGGGUCAAAAAGCUUUCAUCUCAUACGUCAAAUCAUGCUUCGUGCAGCCUGACAAGACGAUCUUUAAUAUCAAGGAGCUCAAGCUGGAAGACUUAGCGGGUAGUUUGGGUCUUCCCGGUGCUCCUCGCAUCAAGUUCAUCAAGGGAGACGAUACCAAGGAGCGCAAGAAUGCUUCUUGGAAGAUGGCUCACCUCUCCAGCGAUGAGGACUCGGGUGCGGAGGGCGAAGGCAAGAAGAAGGAGAAGAAGGAUGAGAACCAGGUGCGGACCCGGUACGACCGCAUGUUUGAGCGACGAAACCAGGACGUUCUGGCGGAUCACUACCACAAGCUCAUCAACGACGACGGCACCGUGGUUGCAAUGGGAGCCGACAACGGCGCUGGCGAAGACGCCGACGAGGAUGCCGACUUCCUAUCCGUUAAGCGACGCUUCGUUGCAGGUGACGAGAACCUCGGCCGCCAGAGCGAUUCUGACUCGGACGAGUCUGUCGAGGAUGCGAAGCCAACCAGGAUGGUACAGAUCGACGGCCAGGAGCCGCUGGUCAUCGACUCCAAGCGUCGCGAGAAGCUCCUCAAGUCAAAGAAGAAGUUGCUCAAGUUCAAGGGCAAGGGUACCAAGCUGGUGUACGACGACGAUGGUGUUGCUCACGAGAUCUACGAGAUGGAGGACGAGGAGGCGUUCAAGGCCCGUGGCGAUGCCAAUACCCAGCGCCAGCGCUUUGUGGAGGAGGAGACCGAACGUACUCGCCGUGCCGAUAUCGACGACAAGGCGCUCGUGCGCGAGAAGAAGCGCGAGAAGAAGGAGAAGCGCAAGGCACGCGAUCGUGCCCUUGCCGAGGAGGAGGCCGAGGAAGAAUCCGGUAUUCAGGGUCUGCCUCAUGUGCCCUUCGAGAUUCCAGGAUCCGAUUCGGGCUCCGAGGCGGAAGAGCCCCGGGCCAGCAAGAAGCCGCGCGUCACCUUUGCCGACGCCAGCAGCGACGAGGACGAGGGCAAGAGCAAGAAGAGCAAGAAGGCCAAGAAGGCAGAGCCUCAAAUCGAGACACUCGCAGAUCUGGAGGCUUUGGCCAGUGGAUUGCUGGACUAA